AUGGAACAACUAGUGUCUUGGAUUGAUUUUAAUCUACAGCACAUAUCGCGUGAUGGUAGCUAUCGUUUACAAGAAAUAUUGGCAUCCUUAAAUAUCCCGGUUUAUCUAAAUGAUUAUGAAAAUGGACAACCAAUUGGAUGUUUUACCUCGAAUAGUGGCAACUUUACAACAAGAAUUCUAAAAGUUGUAUUGGAUAACCUAACACUUCAAUAA